AUGAUAUCUGAUCCUUGUUUGGAGCCAGAUAUUUCUGAUGGGAACCAGGUGUCUUCAGAAACCGAUUUGCUUGAAAUCGAGAGCAAGGUAACGGAAUCUCAAUAUGCUGCUAUUACACAUCUUCCGACACCUGGAACAGUAUUAAAGGUGAUUGCAGGACCUGGCGCGGGAAAAACAAGGACUCUGACCCAUAGAAUUGCGUAUUUGCUCUCUACAGGCUUCAAUCCCGAUGAGAUAUUGGUCCUCUCUAUGACAAACCGUGCAGUUAAUGCUUUGAGGUCUCAGCUCGAUGAUCUAUGUGGAAUAGAUGUGUCACAGCAAGUGAAGAUAAAAACAUUCCAUGCUUUUGCACGUGAUGUGGUAACUAGUGAGCAUUCUUCGCAUUAUGAAAUACUUGAAGACAUUGGUCUUAGAACACUAGGAAAACUCAUCAACAACAAAGACCUCAGAAGCAAGGUUCAGAUCGAGAAGUUUGUUUCUGAGAUCAAGAAGCAGAGAAACGCAAGCACUUCUACUAACGCCAACUCUACUGCAUCAACCUCCAAGAUGGUUCCGAAAGAUUUGGACAGGAUAAGCGAUCUGCUGGACAAAUCAAAGGUGCACACACAUAUGGACAUUCUAACUGAGGCAGUAGAGUUCUUGAGGCGAGAAGAAAACAAAGCAUAUCUCGAUCCAUUGAAGGUUGUGAUUGUUGACGAGUUUCAGGAUAUGUAUGAGCUUCUUCGCAGAAUUGUGGCUGUGACGUCUGAGGGCCGCCAUCUAACAGUUGCAGGAGAUCCUAAUCAGACCAUCUAUGGGUUUUUGGGCGCUGAUCCGAAGUCGCUUCACACGUCUGCCAAAAAAGGUGCUACAGUUGAGACGGUCUAUCUCAACGAAUCCUUUAGAUCAACACCAGAGAUUAUCAAAGCUGCAGAUGUGUUUCUGAGUCCUCCUGUGGAAUUGAAACGGAGAGAGAUCAGGGAAAAGGGCAAUCCCGUUCCCGUGAAAAAAUACUUUGAGAACAUUCAAGAAGAGGCUAACUGGAUAGUCACAGAGAUACAUAGACUCAUUCACUUAAGCUCAGGUGCGAUUAGACCCAGCGACAUAGCUGUUCUUUCUUACAUGAACAGGGAUGUUGACACUGUGAGCUACAUCCUUAAGAAAUCGGGAAUGCCGGUUCGGAAGCUUUCCAGCGUUCCCGAGUGGACUCGAACAGAGUUGUUCUACCUUGUCGAAUACAUGCGUGUUCUUCACGAUCCGUAUGUUGAUUUCCCUGUCAUCUGCUCCCUUUCGCUUGUGGAAGGAAUAGGGAGGAAGUAUUUACAUGACAUAAGCGAAAGGGCAGCCGAGAUUGGAGUGCCUAUAUGGGAAUAUUUGACUAAUGACAGCAUCGAUGACAGCAGUAUAAAGAGAGUUGCGAACAAGAAAUGCGCUCGGUUUGUGGAGUCAAUAAAGAAGGCCAAAGAAGAAUUGGCGAGGCAUCCUGACGACCCAGAUGUAUUGCUUCAACAACUUGUUGAAAUUGGAAUGAAUUGUGGAUUGCAAAAAGAAAUCGGAAAAAGAUUGGGUCGUAACGGAUCCCUAGACCAGCAGCUAUACCAAGAUCAUUUAAGCGAUAUCCAUAAGACACUCUACCGUUUUUCUCAGGACAAGGCGAAAUUGAAGGACAUGAAUUUGAUUGAAUACUUUUUGCAUCACCACACGGACGAACUGGAUGAGCCGGAUGUGGCUUCCUCAAGAUUAGAUAACCAAACGGUGAACUUCUCAACUAUACAUGCGGCCAAGGGUCUUGAGUUUCCUAUUGUUUUUGUGCUUGGGGCAACGCAAAUGGACCCGAUGAUGGGAUCCAUGACAAUCGACAUGAGAAGGCUCAUCUACGUUGGAAUGACCCGCGCGAGUCAAUUGUUGUACUGGAACCAGUAUAAAUAUCAAGCCACAAAUUUGAGUUGGGAUCAACUGGCGUGUUUUUCAAACUCGGUACCAGAGAUAAGUCAUGGCUACAUCUCGAAGUACGCACGUUUCUUUGGCCGACCCGUCCCUGACCUUUCCGAGUAUUCAGCGAAUCUAAAGAAAUGGAAUUGGAGAAAAAGCAAUAGGCUCACCAAUUUCAAUUUUGCUGGAUCCAAGGGAGUAACUGAUGUUUCCAGUCCAACAGCUUUCUCGGGAUCGCACCCUGUGCUUUGUUCCGAGGUGCCGAUGAUAAACUCAUAUGCCUCGCUUAGAUCAUUCCAUACUCUCAGCAGACUCUCGAGAAAAGUGCUUUUUUGA